GGGGGAGGGAGGAUUCGGGUGUACGCACCCUCAAGAUCCCGCACUAGAACUGCGGGUGGGCGUGCAGGGAAAGAGUCGCGGGGGAGGGGGGAGCGUCGCGGGAGUCGGCGGCAGCGAGGCCAUGGAGAGGGGUCACGCGGGGCUGGGCUUGGCGCCGGAGGAGGAGCUCGAGCCCCCGGGCGCCGCCUGGAGCGGGGACAGCGGGAAUGUGUCUCAGAGCCACAGCAGCGCCUCCGGGCUCUGGGAGGAGGACGAGGAGGAGGCAGCGGCGGCGGCCGAGGACGAGGAUGGCGAUCGGGGCGGGCGGCGGCGGCCCAGCCGGGAUCGCGAAGUCGCGGGAGACGCUGCCGGCUCGGACCUGCCUCUGCUCCGCCGCACGGCCGCUGGCUACGCCGCCUACCUGCUGCCGGCAGCCGGGGAGGGAGGCGGCCCCGAGAUAGAAGCAUUAGACAGGAGUCUUGAAGAUCUACUAACUAGAGUUGAUGAAUUUGUUGGAAUGCUAGAUAUGAUUCGAAGUGACUCUUCACAAGUAGUCAAUGAAAGUGUACCUCAUAUUCACACAAAAGCCACUGAAAUGAGUGAGAUAUAUAGAAAGAUUGACAAAUUGGAGGCCUUUGUUAAAAUGAUUGGAAAUUGUGUGACUAGAAUGGAGGAGCAGGUGACAAAAGCAGAAGCAGAACUUGGGACAUUCCCCAACACAUUAAAGAAACUUUUGCACACAAUUAAUGUGCCAUCCUUCCUUAAUAAAUCAUAUUCCACAAAGCAACAACAAACUGUCUAUGAACCUCCUAUCCUUUUUAGGACAGAAGACUAUUUUCCUUGUUGCAAAGAAGGACCUCAGGCAUGAUAUUGCACAAUACAACUACUUAGGAAAAGGCUUAUAUCAAAGGACAAGUGCUUAUGUUGAAGAUAUUAUUGUUAUACAUAUCUACUAUUUAGUAUAUUUAAAGUUUUGUGUAUAUUCAACAGGCAAUAUUUUAAAACAGUAUUUUUCAUUUUGUGCAGAAUGCAUAGCUUCCACGUCCUCCAAAUCUAAACUAAAAUCCAUUUAAAUGGGGAGUAAAAUGAGUAAACAUUUCCUUAUAAUGAUCAAAAUUUCUACAUUUACAUUUAUACCAUCCUUGCAUGUCAACAGUAUUACCUUUAAGACUUACCUUCAAAAGGUAUUAAAGGAAAAACUACUGAAGCAUUAAAAAGCAUUAUUUAUUAAUGUUUGACAGUCUUCCUAUAGUUUAUUUUUUUGAAUGAACUGUAAAUUAACAUAAGUUAGGCUUUAUACAUUUUGAACUGUAAACUAUGCAAGACGACUUGUAAUUAAUUUUGAAAAUUAUAUUUAAACAGCUAUAGCUAUAAUCUUUAGUUUGUAAGAGACUGUUUACACAGUUUGACUUAAAAUUUAAAUUUAAUUAAAAUUGAAUUAUAUGAAUAGAUUUUGUCUUGAAGUGCUAUUGAGCAAGAACACAGAAAAGUGUUUUUAUAGAAGUUUUGUUUUAUCUUGGAUACAGAUUUCCAUCUCAGUGACUUCCAUAAAAGGUUUAUGUGAAAAAAAUUAUACAGUUUAACUCAGCUAAUGUUUUAGUAAAAUCUUAUGAUUCUUCCUAGUCAAAGGAUCAUAGAAACAUUAGAAAAUUCAAAAGGACCAUGGUGGUCUGGUCCCCAUCCCUUCAACAAAGAAACAACUUCACUGACCUUCAAAGUAACUAAAGUCACAAAACCAGUUAGUGGAAGUAUGAGUAACAGAAAAAAUCUGUACCUUCUACUUCAUAAAGAGUAAGUUCUACACUCUUAAAAUGAGACUGAAGAGUUGGAAGACACUAACUUCCUCAAAGAUGAGGAAAUGGAGGCACAGCAGUGUUGUGACUCACCAAAGGCCUUACAAGUAGUAAGUAGCAGAAUAUUCUGAUUCCAGAUCCAGUCUUGUGCUACAUCAUACCUUUUUUUAAAAAAAUCAUAGCUUUUCAAUGGACUUUCCCGUGUUUACAAGAGGGACCUCCUUUUCAACACCUAAGAGAUGCAUUCCUUUCUAUAUGAUAGAUUUCAGCUUCCAUUUCAACACUUGUUCUGCUCUUCAGUGAAGAGGAAAAAUAGGUACCGGGGUCCAUUCUAGAUUCCUUUUUUU